UUCAUCAGCUGUUGAUGUUCACUAUAUAUCGUCGUUGCUCGGGUUCUACUUUCUGGUUCUGGAUUUUACUCGGACAAAGCAGGAUGAUGAUCCCAUAAUUAUACUUUCUCGAUUUAUUUAGGGAGUGACAUUUUAACGUUUAUGAACGACUGGCUUUGCUAAUAUUUUUCGAUAUAAACAUGGAAAGGAAGAAACCGGGACGGAGGCCUGCUUCCCCAGCGACGAGGAAGGCUCGCGCGGUAGCAUCACAAGCUAGGUAUCUGAGGAACAGUAUGUCACCGGAGGGUGGCCCCGGGUGGCGUUCUUUCAAGGUCCGGACUGAGACGUUCAACAAGUGGCGCACGGCACAACACGAGAUGAAGUUGACCCACACUGACUUUGCUGAUCAUCUUCUUCAAAUAUUCCUGCCAAUGAAGAAGAGUGUGUGUGUAGAUCAAUCAACUCAAACUAUGCCUGAUGUAUACAGCUGUAGUCAUUGUGGAAGCUUUCCACCUACCAAACCCAUGUCACCUUUAACAAGGAUACAACCUAGCGGCCCACAACAUGUUAGACCUAGUAUGACUCCACAGGCAUUUAACAGUCUAAUGCUGAUUGGUUCAAACUUGCAGGCAGCACAGCCUUUGCAUGGAAACCUUACAGGAUCUUCUCAGCUCCCAGCAAGAUGUGUCGUGCAGGUUCCAGGCCAGGGCCUUCUGACUGGCCAAGAUAUUCCUGGAUCAACUCAUGUGGUGAAGAUGGAACCUGUUGAAUCCAUGGAAGGCUUUGAGCAGUUGCCUAAUCAAGAGUUCAGUCAGGCAAAGUGCAUUGAUGAAAAAGAUAACACAGAGGAUUACAUCUAUGAUGAUGGUAGUAGGACAUUGGACGAUGGGAAAGAAUUCCAUCCUGACAAAAAGCUGUCGAGAGUGACAGAUCGUCCGGUCACAGUCUUUGUGAAAGAAGAAGUUAUGUCAGACCCGGAGCAUUCAAACUCUGUGCAUUCAGAUGAAGAGUCGUUCUUUGAUCCAAUGCGAGACCAAGAAUUUGGAUCUGAUAGCAAGCUCGAGCAUUCUGAAACAGGGUGGUAUGAAGAGGAGGAAGAGGAGAAGGACAAGGAAGAGGAAGAGGACAAUAUGGAAGACGAGGAGCAGGAUGAAGAGGAUGAUAUGGAAGAUGAUGAGGAAAUAGACUAUGAAGAACAAGAGCUUUUGGACCCUACUUAUGACCCUUCAGCCAGUAUGCCCCAACAUUCGUCAAAGAACGGCAAGGAUAUACCAGGAUCCAGCAGGGCUAAGUCUUCCAAGUGUCUUGGUGACCAGGACAGCCUUGAGAGUGAUGACAGCUUUGAAUAUGGAGGAGAUAGUGAUGAAGACGUUGAGGGUGAACCUGCUAAGAAAAGAAAAAAACACCAGAGCAAAAACCGCAAACCAGCCUUUAAGUUUCCAGAAGCAUGCCCGAUAUGUUCUGAGGCCUGGAAAGAGAAAGAGAAAAUUAUGCGCCAUUUACAGAAACACAUCCCGAUUGAUAAGGGUCCAGAAGCAAUCAAGGAUGCCGUCCAAUCAAUCAAAAGCAAAUUUGAAAAGGAGCACAAUUUUGACAUGGGAUGGUGUGGGGAGUGCAAAAAAUUGCUCUUGCGCUUUAGAACACACCUUAACAGAUGCCACAACAAGAAUCCUAGAUAUGGUGUACUGUGUCAGCAGUGCGGUAAAAUGAUCAAAAGUUGUAAUAUCAAAAUGCAUGAAAUCUCACACCUAGUUAUCAAGGAAAGCGAUUACGUCCAAUGUCCAGAGUGCCCCUCAAGGUUUAAGCACCAGGAAUACCUCAAGGGUCAUAUUACUGAUGCCCACAGCAAUAAAAUUAAGAGUACGCAGUGCCCGACCUGUGGCAAGAUCAUGAAAAAUCGGGAACAUCUCAGGCGACAUUUAUUGAUCCACAGUGGACUUAAGCCUUAUCCAUGCUCAGUGUGCGACAAGUCGUUCACGCAGAGUAGCAAUCUCAAGGCACAUAUGCGGCAGCAUACAGGAGAUAAGCCGUAUGUUUGUGAGUUGUGUGAGAUGGCGUUUACCAAUAAGGUCACCUUAAAGAACCACAAGAAGAAACUGCAUGGUAUUGACUGGUGGAAAGAGAGAGAAUCAUUGAAAAAGGAAGAUCCAGAGAGAAAUAAAAGUGAUGGCUCUGAAUAGAGAAAACAAAUGAUCUGAUUUGUUGAUAUAUGCCUAGGAACAUGCUAGACAAACAAUACUGCGAAAAGACGCACCUCUGCUUUAAUUACCAAAAAAAAUGAUUGCUAAUGUUGAUCGACAGUUAUAUAUACAUGUUAAUCUAUGUCACUGUGAAAUAACUGUUAAAGCAGGGUAGCACGCUCACUCUUUCACAAGCUGUCUGUAUUGAAAUGUUAAGGUUUGUGUGCAUCUAGGGCUAGGCUCCCUGCUAUGAUUUAAACAUCGGGGAGUGGAGUUCAAGUUUAGGGGCUCAUGUGCUCUGGAUGUCUCCGUUACGAAGUAGCCGUAGGUAUUAUGUUUUGUGGUCUUCCGUCCGUCCCGUAAUCUCGAGAACCGAUUGAUGGAUUCCUGUCAAACUUAGGUCCUGUAUGUAUUGUGCAGAACCAAUGAACUGAUUAGAUUUUGGAGUCACAAGGUCAAAGGUCACAGGGCUCAUUAUGGAUGCAAAAAUAGCUCAUGAUCGAUGGACAGAUUACC